AUGAAGCUUGCCCGAGCUCUACCCAGAGGCCGCCGAGCUGCGGCAGCCCUGCCGACCCCGCGGUUACCGCAGCCCCUCGCACUUCGCUCUCGGCCUCUCUCGACCAUCACCGCCACCACAACCGCCAACACAUCCCCGGCUUCGACGAGCUCCUCAGCAGCAGCGGCACCCGCGCCCCGUCAGCGGCGCCCCGCUCGUCUGCCGUCCCUGAGCGCUCGGCAUGUCUCGGUCCAGACCCAGCAGCGGCGGCACUACGCCGACGCCUCGGCAUCCUCCUCCGAGCCUCUGAAGAAGACGCCGCUCUACGACCUGCACCUGGCCCACGGCGCCAAGAUGGUGCCCUUCGGCGGCUUCCACAUGCCCGUGCAGUACGCCUCGCUGUCCGUGUCGGCCAGCCACCACUUCACGCGCUCGCACGCCUCGCUCUUCGACGUCGGCCACAUGGUCCAGCACCGCUUCUCCGGGCCCGGCGCCCUCGACUUCCUGCAGCGCGUCACCCCGGCCUCGCUCCGCACCCUGCCCGUCCACCAGAGCACCCUGAGCACCCUGCUGUGGCCCGCCACCGGCGGCAUCGUCGACGACACCAUCGUCACCAAGCUCGCCGACGACCUCUUCUACGUCGUCACCAACGCCGCCUGCCGCGACAAGGACCUGGCCUACCUGGGCGAGCAGCUCGCCCAGUGGGAGGGCGAGGGCGGCGCCAAGAAGGUCGACCACGAGGUCCUCGACGGCUGGGGCCUCGUCGCCCUGCAGGGGCCCUUGUCGGAGGACAUCCUGUCUGAAAUCCUGGUCGCCCCGUCCGAGGCCGCGCUGCGCGAGCUCUACUUCGGCCAGAGCCGCUUCGUCAUGGUGCGCGUGGGCGGCGGCCGCGAGCUCAGCCAGCCCGUGCUCGUCUCGCGCGGCGGCUACACGGGCGAGGACGGCUUCGAGAUCUCGAUCCACCCGGACGACACGGUCGCCGUGACCGAAGCCCUGCUCGACGCCGCCGGCCCGGACCGCCUGCAGUUCGCCGGCCUCGGCGCCCGCGACAGCCUGCGCCUCGAGGCCGGCAUGUGCCUCUACGGCCACGACCUCGACGACACCACCACCCCGGUCGAGGCCGCCCUGUCCUGGGUCAUCGGCAAGGACCGCCGCGACGCCACCGACCCCGCCGCCGGCGCCUUCCACGGCGCUGAGGUCAUCCUGCCCCAGCUCAAGCCCAAGUCCAAGGGCGGGGCGGGCGUCGAGCGCCGCCGCGUCGGGCUGGUGGUCGACGGGGCGCCGGCCCGCGAGGGCGCCGAGAUCGUCGACACCGACGGCAACGCGGUCGGCGUCGUCACCAGCGGCUGCCCGUCGCCGACGCUGGGCCGCAACAUCGCCAUGGGCUACAUCCGCGACGGCCUGUACAAGGCCGGCACCGAGGUCCAGGUCAAGGUGCGCGGCCGCGCCCGCAAGGCCACCGUGGCCAAGAUGCCCUUCGUGCCCAGCAAGUACCACAAGGGCGCCGCGCCAGCGUGA